GGGAGGGAAGGGAGGAGGAGGCAAGGAAGGGGCCGUGGGAUGAGGAGUCCGCUUCUCCCCAAACCUCUGGUCCUCCGGGACCGGCGCCCAGCCUGAUAGCCGGCCAGCGCCACCCUGUGCGCCCCAGCUCGGGCCAGGAGCCACGGGGCCUCGCUCCCAGGCAGGACCCCGGGUUUAGGGUUUCAUCAUUGGCCGGAGGAUGAGGAGGAGCGAGCCAAGACCCUCCACUCGGGCUAGUCAGAGCGGUUGGACCUGCGGCCCCAGGGCUCCUAUCCCGCCUUCCGCUGCCCCAGAGCCGGCGGGCACGAAGGGCAAAUGGGAAGUCUGGGCCCAGAAUGUUAAUGAUCAGCUUCGAACUCACACGGACAGAGCUAGAGCGAGAGCAGCCCCAGAGCAGCCUCCCGAUGGAAGGGGCGGGGCUGAAGCAGGAGUAUGAGGUAGACCCCACCUCCCACCUCUUGCCUGGCAGAAGAUCUGGGCAUGCGCACCAGGCCGCCCCGGUCUCCGGACUACCAUUCCCAAAAGGCCGUUCGGCGUUUCCACAGAUUGUGGGCCCAGUUCCGUCGCGGUUACCAUGGAAACGGUACUUCCGUUCCCUCCCAGAUUCUCGUCACCCUCUGCACUCGCGGCCGCCUCCGCUCAACUCUAUCCUCAGUGGCGGCCGUUGCCGCAGCCCAAACCCUAGUACGUGUCAGGGGGCGCCGUCUGCUCCCCAGAUUUGCCUUCGGAAGCCCUGGCCUCCUGCAGCGGGAGAGGGUGAGGAAGAGGAAGGCCAUGGCCCCCGUGCUGCUGACGGCCAGGGCCUGCCAGGAAUCGGUGACUUUCAGUGAUGUGGCCGUGGACUUCACCCAGGAGGAGUGGGGACACCUGGACCCUUCCCAGAAGGACUUGUACAGGGACGUGAUCCUGGAGAACUACCGGAACCUGGUGUGCCUGGGACUGGCAGCUUCCAAACCGGAGGUGAUCCACCAGCUGGAACGCGGGGAAGCUCCUUGGAUGCCGCCGGGCCCCGUCCCAGAUUCUGAAACUGGGCCAGAAAGCACGGAGUCCAUUCCGAAGCUGGGUACUGCUGUGGAAGACUCAUCCUGGGGACGACUCCCAGGAGACAGUCCCAGUGACUGCAAGCUUGGAGAAAGCUGGGGAAGGGGGGCUGCCUUGGAGAUGGGGCAGAGCACAGAAAAGCACAGCGCUCCGGCGAGAGCCCCUCAGGGGAAGCCUCCGAGAGAUGGGCGAGAGCAGGAGGGCAAAAGAUCCGGAGAUAGCUUCACGCCUGACCCAGGCCUCUUUCCCCAACAGCAAGUCUCUGUAGUGGAGACCCUCUACAAAUGUGACAUACACAGAAGAAGUCUUAGUCUUUCUGCAGACCCAAGUCCGUGUAGCGGAAUCUGCCCCAAGAAGCUACUUUCCAAACAAAAGGGAUGUGGAAAUCCCUUCAGUUACGAUUCGAGCCUUCCUGAGUAUCCAGCGAGGCAGCCCGAAGAGAAAGCCUGUGGCUGCAGCGAGCUGGGGAAGGCCUUCCACCUUCCACCUGAGACUCCCCGGGCCGAAGAGAGACCGUAUGAGUGUCCGGAGUGUGGGCGGGCCUUCAACCACGUGUCCUCCCUCAACUCCCACCAGCGGACGCACACUGGGGAGAGGCCUUACGAAUGUAACGAGUGUGGCAAGGCCUUCUGCAGGAGCACCCACCUCAUCGAGCACCAGACAAUCCACACGGGGGAGAAGCCCUACGAGUGCAGCGAGUGUGGGAGGGCCUUCCGCCAGAGCGCGCAGCUGACUCGCCACCAGAGGAUCCACACGGGAGAGAAGCCUUACAAGUGUCACGAGUGCGGCAAGGCCUUCAACCACAGCUCCUCCCUCACCUCCCAUCACAGGAUCCACACGGGAGAGAGGCCCUACGAGUGUAACGAGUGCGGCAAGGCCUUCAACCACUUCUCUUCCCUCACCUCCCAUUACAGAAUCCACACCGGGGAGAAGCCCUACGAGUGCAGCAUCUGUGGCAAGGCCUUCUACCACAGCUCCUCGCUCACCUUCCACGCCCGAAUCCACACCGGGGAGAGGCCCUACGAGUGCAACGACUGUGGGAAAACCUUUAACCACAUUUCCUCUCUCAUUUCCCAUCACCGGAUCCACACGGGAGAAAAGCCUUACGAGUGCCAUCACUGCGGGCGGGCCUUCCGCCGGAGCACCCAUCUCAGCCGACACCAGGUAGUCCAUACCGGAAACAAGCUCAGUGAGUGAGGGAGAUGGGGCCCGCGGACAGUCCAGAAUCUGAACAGGAGAGGGCCCAGCAAGGCAAGAGGGGCCCUGGAUAGAGAAGGAGAUUCCAACCAAAAUGCAGUCCAUAGAUGAAGCAUGCAUCCGUGUUAGCCGGGGGCCCGUUCUCUCCGUUCCCCAGCCAUCUCCGACCCGAGCGAGAAGAUGAGACCCAAGAAAAGAGCUGGUGACUCGAGAAGUGCUCCUUCAGCUUCACUUUGCAAAAUCCCCAUGUCCUCAGGUCUUCUUCUAGCUAAGGGGCUCACUAAAGCUGCCCCCCGGGAUCCCAUCUGGAUCUGACCCCCAACGGUACUCCCCUCCCGAACUUUGAGGGGCUUUCCUAUAGUCCUUCAGAAGGGAAAAAGUGAAAGGGCAUCCCUCUCCCUCCCAUUCAACAGCAGGCUGCUUCCUGUAAAAGUGGCAGAACCCCUCCAAGCCCAAACUGAUUCUUCUGUCACAUGCUUCAUUGUCUUUCCCAGGGGCUCUUCCCCUGGUCUUCAUCUUUUAUCUAUCUCCUUGGGCUCCAAAAAGGAGGCAGCUUCUUGUCCCCUCCUUCUGCUUCCCAGCAUCUUUUAAUUUCCUCCAUCUCCUUUGUAGAUUCCUCUUGGGCCAACCCUUUGUUGAUUCCAGGGUUUGGGAACCAUCCUCAAUCCCAGUAUUAUCAUCCGUAGGAAGUGACCAUAUACAUGCACACAUACAUACACGAUCACCUUGGGAGGCACCUUUUGUUUGAUUUCCUUUCUGUCAGUGUAUCAAAAUUCAUGCUAUCCCAUGUUUGGAAGCUUUGUUAUUUUUAUUAUAAAUUUUUAAAUGAAUAAUUGCUAUUGGACCACCUUCAUUUCUAAGUAUAUCCCUUCCCUACCAUCGGCUUGGAAGAGCCUUUCUCUGUUGCAAAACCAACCCAUUUGCCAGUGUAUUCAGAGUCCAUUCCACACAGAGAUAGGACAGAGACAUGAUUUGGGAGGCCAAGCUGGGUCUUACAGUCAUACAGAAUUCAAUGUCGAUUGCAAGGGGAGACAAAGAGAGGGCAGUUUUUUCCCUUCUGUUUACAGUGUUGUCACCACUGUACUUUUUUUUUCCUAUUCACUAUGUCAUUAUUUCAUCUAUCCCAUACUUCUCUGAAUUCUUCACAUUUCUUGUUUUUUGUUUAGCCAUGUUCUCAAUUAAUGGGGGUAUUGUUUCCAAUUCUUUGCUACUAUAAAAAGUUUUGUUAAUAAAUCUUUUGGUAUACAUGGAACUUUUUUUCUAUCUUUGACCUCUUUAGCAGAGAGCUCUCUUGAAUCACAAGGUAUGGUUAUGUUAAGAGUAGCAUAAUCCCAAAUCUCAUUUUAGAAUGGACAGACCAGUUAAUAGCUUCACUAACAAGUUCAUUAGUUUGUCUGCCUUUCUAUGUUGCCUCCAAUUCUGCUUCUAAAUAGUAGCACAUUUGGCCAUCUUUGUCAGUUUUCUAGAUAAGGAACUUGAGAGUUGGUUUGAUUUUGCAUUCAUGAUUUGACACAACCUUUCAUACAGUCAUUAGUAAUUUGAAAUUGUUCUCUUGAGAACAGUUCGUAUUUCACUACAUCAAGUGGUGAAUGGUUUUUGGUUUUGUGUAUUUGUUAAUUUCUUAUAUCUUUUGGAUUUGUUUAUUGUUCAGUCGCUUCUGGCUCUGACCCUACUUAGCAAAGAUAUUAGAGUAUUUUGGAUAUCAGACCCUUAUUAGAGAUGAGUAAUGCAAUAUUUUUUCCCAGUGUGACAGCUUCCCUUAUUGUAGUUGCUUUUUGUUUAAGCAAAAUUUUAAAAAUAUUCUAUUUAUUCUUUUAUAAUGGCCUCUUUCUCUUUUUUGUGUAAAGAUUUACUUCCUUAGCCAUGGUUAUGAUAGGCAUUUGAUCUGAUACCAUCUUUUGAUUUUUUAAGGCAUGAUUUUUUUAAAAGUUAAUUUUUAUUUUUCCAAGUUAAAUGUAAAAACUUUUUUUUUUUUUUUUUUUUUUUUGGUUACACAGAAACAUUGCAACAAAAGGGAAAAAAUCACAGGAGAGAAAAAAAAGAAAAAGGGGGAGGGGAAUGAAUAUAGGAUGUAUUGAUUUACAUUCAGUCUCCAUAGUUCUCUCUCUGGACACAGAUGGUGUUUUCCAUACAACAAUUAUUGAAAUUGCCUUGGAUCACUGAAUUGCUGAGAAGUACCAAGUCUGUCACAUUUGAACGCUGCACAAUCUUGCUGUUGCUAUGUACAAUGUUUUUUUGGUUUUGCUGGUUUUGCUCACCAUCAGUUCAUGUAAUCUUUCCAGACAUUUCUAAAAUCAACCUGUUCAUCUUUUUUAUAGAACAAUAAUAUUCCAUUACUUUCCUAUGCCAUAACUUAGUCAUUCCUCAGUUGGUGGGCGUCUAUUCAUUUUCCAAUUCUUUGUCACUACAAAAAGAGCUGAUACAAACAUUUUUGCCUGCUUUUAUGAUUUCUUUGGGACACAGACCCGGUAGAGAUGUUGCUGGAUCAAAGGAUAUGCACAGUUUGAUAGCCCUUUGGCCAUAGUUGCAAAUUGCUCUCCAGAAUGGUUGGAUCAUUUGAUAGUCCACCAGCAAUAUAUUAGUGUCCCAGUUUUUCCACGUCCUCUCCAGCAUUUAUCAUUAUCUUUUCCUGUCAUCUUAAGCAAUCUGAAAAAUGAGAGGUGGGACCUCAGAAUAGUUUUAAUUUGCAUUUCUCUAAUCAAUAGUGAUUUAGAACAUUGUUUUCAUGCAACUAUAGAUAGCUUUAAUUUCUUUAUCUGAAAACCUCCUAUCUUUCCACCAUUUAUCAUUUGGGGAAGGACUUGUAUUCUUAAAAAUUUGAAUUCUUUAUAUAUUUUAGAAAUGAGGCCUUUUAUCAGAAACACUGGCUGUAAAAUAUUUUUUCCCAGCUUUAUUUCCUUUUUAAUCUUGGGUGCAUUGGUUUUGUUUGUGCAAAACCUUUUUUAUUUAAUGUAAUCAGAGUUGUCCAUUUUGCAUUUCAUAAUGUUCUCUAGUUCUUUGGCCAUAAAUCCCUCUCUUCUCCAAAGAUGUGAUAGGUAAACUAUCUCUUGCUCUUAUGGUGUGAUUUUUGAUAUUCAUGUUUGAAUCCACUUUUGAGUUCAUUUUGAUGUGGUGUAAGAUGUUGAUCUAGAGCUUACCAAACUGCUUUCACGUUUUCACUGCAAUUCUUUCACAGGUGGAGCUUUCCCCCAAGUAACUUGUCCUCACUUUUUGAUAUUACAGUUCUCAGGAGUCAAAUUGAAUUCACUUGUGUCUGAUUCUCCCUUGUCUGAUCUUUUCUUGGUGCCAUUUUUAAUCUUUCUUGUCCCUUGCCUAUUUUAUCUAAUCUGUUACCAAAGCACUGAUUUCCCCUUCACAGGCUCUUUUCUAGCCCUCUCUCCUCUCUGUGCCUUCUGCUAUUGUGCUUUUAUUCUUAGCUUCACCUGCCUCUGUCUGGCUCUUCCCUUAUCCGCUUUCCUUCCCUUCUAGUCCAUCUGCCAUUCAUUCAACAAGCAUUUAUUAGUUGUUUGCUGUGUUCCAGGUUAGGGCUAAUUACAAGGAUGUAGAGACCAAAGCAAAACAUCCCCAGAUCCUAAGGAACUUAGAUCCUAUUGAAGGGAAGCAGCAUGAAUGCUGAUGAGAACAAAAUACAAUCUCCACAGAGCCAAGUGAGGUAGGGUGCGAUUCUGAAAGGAAGACUCCGGCCUGGGGAGAUGGUGACCUGGGAGAUGGGUGGUUGUGCAAGGAGCGGAGAGGAAGCCAUUUGGAGUCCGGGAGGGAUGUUCUGUGCCCGGGAGGCUCACCUUCAAAGCCAGACCGCAGCUUCUCUAUGUGGAAGAUGUUCCAACCAGCCAGGUCUUGAGCAGGGGUCCACGGACAUUGGGAAAGGUGAGAUCUCCGUGUAUGGAAGCCCCGAUGCAGAGGAGCCUGUGAUGACCCCAGGAGAAAGAGAAGGGGGAUGGAUGAAGAGACUGGUCAGAGGCAGAAGCAAGGAGAGCUGAAGAGAGAAAUUGUGAGCCCACAUGGCGGCAAGAGGCCGGCCUCGGGACAGAAAUGUCUGGGACUGAAACUAAGGAAAUGUGCUCCAGAGCCCGACCCGAGGCAGAGAGAAAAUGCUCGGUUGGAGAGGCCGGCGAGAGAAAUGGACGGAGGCAGCCGGGCCGGGAGCAGAACAAAUCUCCCCAGUCAGGAAGCACGUUAGGAAGCGCCCGGCGUGUUCAGGAACCGGGGCUACUGAUGCAGAAAAUGAAGCGUCCUCACUCGCCAGGGCGGCCGUCCUCAGUCCCUGCAGGAGCGCUCGGGAAACAACGCGGCUGAGUGGGGGACUGGGAGGGAAGGCACUCCUUUCUCUGAGGGCACCAAGCGGGCUUGAAGGGAGGGAGACCCAGCGGGAAUAUCCAACUAGUCUGGAGAGGGAGGCGAGGAAGGCCUGGAGAAGCUGCCGCACUGCAGUGACCGGGCCCGGGCCGGCCCAAGGGACAAAGACCGUGGAAAAGGGACAGUGAUGGAGGUGCUGGAGGCUGAAGACUGGGAGAGGUGCGGAGAACUGGCGUCGGGCGCCCGAGGCCUUGAUGCCAGCGCCUGCACGUGUCAGGACAGAGCGGGGCUCCCGCGGAGGCAGUUCCUGUCUCUUGUUUUACGCCCAAGGGUUUGAGGCGGGCCUUGAAGCCUGGGGGUCUAUCCUGUUCCUGUUAGCCUCGGGCGCUAGCGCUGUGUGGCCCCGAGUAAACGGCUUAAAUCUGCCUGCCUCGGUUUCCCCAAGUGUCAAGUGGGGAAGCGGCAGCCUUGCGGGGGAGGGGAGAUUAUGAAAAUGGGGAAAUUGUUGUAAAGGGCUUUGCGUGGUACCAGGCACUGAAUAGGUGCUUAAACAAUGCUGGCCUGACGCUAAUUGAGCUCUAGGGCCCGAUGUGGGAGUGUGAUUUCCCAGAAGUGUCCGGAGCGGACGGUUUUGGUUUGUAGCUUUAUUGGGAGAGAAAGGAGGCUUGCAGCAGGGAGAGGACCUGGGAAGGGGCGGGGCAGUGGUGAGCAGUGACGUCAGAGCCGCGCAGUUCUCUGAUUUCUCUGCUAGGAGAGUUAUCUUUCUCUUGGAAACGACAGUGACGAGGAAGGGAUCUGACGACUGAGAGAAAUAAGGAUAAGAGCACUCGGGCCCUUUGGACUCAGGUCGCUGGCUCCGCUGGAGGCGGGUCUUAGGUCCCCAAUCACCGGUGGUGGCCGAGAUCUCUUGGGCUUCCUUCUUCCAGGUCCUCCCGUCCGUCCUGCGGGUGCUGGUUCCCACGUUGUCUCCCGGAGGGCGGGGGCUGACCUCAGCGCAGAACCUGGAGGGGCUUCGGCCAAGAUCGCGGCGGGGUCCGCCUUGCGCGUAACGGGCUCCAGUUGUCUGCAGAGCUUCCCGACCAGCUUGCCUGGCCCCCACGCCCGGAUGGUCACCACCGCCACUGCUCUGCCAAGUGCUUUCUGCAUCUUCCACAGCCCGAUGAGGUGGGGCGGGGGUCAUCGGGCAUCGCAGACCAGGAGACAGUCUCCAAAUUCUGAAGGACUUGCUCAUGUCCGCCUGGCCGCACAGCUCCCUUUAGCCUGGUCUCGUCAUUAUUUCCGAUAUCUCAGGAGGGUCCUGCUGCCGGGAAUACCUCUCUACCUGCUGGAAGCCUGCAGCUCCCUUGAGGCUAGACUCUGAUUUUGCCAUGCUUCUAAACCUUCCUUGAUUCCCCGCUCAUUAAUGAGCUUUGACCCCACUCAUACUUUACCCCACCUUUGGUAUUUUUGUAUUAAAAUUACAUCUAAAUGAUCAAAGGAUGUGAAGAAACGCUUUCUCCAAAAAGACACAAAGACCAUAUGAAUGCCCCAAAUCACUGAUUAUAAGUGAAAUGCAAAUCAGACCAGCCCCGAGGUUUUAGCUCCAUAGCAAGUUGGCAAAGAUGAGAAGGGUUGAUGCAGGAGAGUUAGUGGAAAGACGGGUACCCGGAUGCAUUGUUGGUGAAUGGCGAGUCAGUAUAACCAUUACGGAAGAGCAGUUUGGAACCCUUCGAUUCUGAGAUUUCACUGCUAUACCUAUAACCUGCCCCAGUCUUUGACAACCAGGAGGGGCCCAUAUAUACGAAGAGAUCUGGUAGCAAAGAAGAUGCCCAUCCAUUGGGGAAUGGCUGUGCCGACUGGCACAGGAACAUAAUGCCAUAAGAAACGUCGUGAAUACAGAGAACCCUGGGAAGCUCUCCAAGAACUGACUCAGAGACGACAAAAAAACAAGGGUCAUGUUGACUCCCACGUGAAAAUGGAGAGAACUGGAAAGCUAUUUCAGUGGAACAUUACUAGUGCACUGGUAAAGCCCAAAGAGCAGGGAAGACAGCUCUCCUAUUCCCCUGCAGAAGGCUGAGGAUGUGGCUGUGAAAUGCUGUAUAAGACCUGAGACUUUGAUAUCUGAGAUUUUUUUUCCCCUUUCAUCCUUUUAAUAUGAGCUUGGGAGGAAUAGAGUGGAAAAUGCAGAUGAUGUAAAACAUAAUCAAUAAAAUUUAUUUUUUAAAA